ACCGGAAGUACAAAUAACACAGGCUGCUUCUUGUCAACACAAAAUUUUACACAGGAACAUAGCAACAGUUCUUCUCUGACAAACAGCUCUAUCUUCAAAACUGUAACAAAAUGUCUGAAGUAGAAGAAACAUUAAAGAGAAUCCAAUCCCACAGAGGAGUACAGGGAAUAAUUGUUGUCAAUUGUGAAGGUAUACCAAUCAGAACAACAUUGGACAACUCAUCUACUGUUCAAUACGCUGGGUUAAUACAUCAAUUAGCACAGAAAGCCAGAAGUACAGUCAGAGAUCUAGAUCCACAGAAUGACCUCACAUUUUUGAGAAUUCGUUCCAAGAAACAUGAAAUUAUGUGUGCCCCUGAAAAGGAUUAUUUGCUGAUCUGUGUCCAAAAUCCUGAAAAUUAAAAACAGCAGCAUUAAUAUAUAUUUAUCACAAUAAUAUUGUACAUUAUCUUUGCUUGUCAUGUAGAUCUUAUUUUUUAAUGUUCAUAUUUCAUUUUGUUUUGGGAUGUGGAAUACCUAAAGCUUAUUCUUGUUAUUUAUUCAAUUUCUUUUUAAAAUCCAAUAAAAUAUUCAGAAUGUA